AUGGAGGAUGAAAUUGAAACACUCAGAAGAAAAAUCAAAGAAUUGCAACAAUCUCUCGAUAAAAAGAGAAAGGAACGACAGAAGGAAUCUCAGGAGAAUUAUUUAAUGAAAGCCUUUGAUGAACAAUGUAAACAUAACAUUUCAAUUAUUAAUGAAUAUAACUCACGACUGAAUUCUAAUUGUACAAACCUGAGAAAUCUGAAAAGUGUAAAUAUUAAUCAAAUCCGAAAAGUAAUGGAGGACCGAUUGAACAAAUCAUUUAAUUUAUUCAAGAAAAAUCCAACUAUGGGCUUUCAAGAAAUGGAUUUCAAUAACCUCCAAUUCGAUACUGAAUAUCUCAACAAUGUACCUCAAUUUUUAGAUUUCAUAUGUGAUAUUUAUAAGGAGAAUCUUAUCAACUUACGCCACUUUUCUGAGAAUGUCAUGACGAAUCAAAAAGCUGGAAAAGAAAGGGUUAUGGAAGUUGAAAAAUUACUGGAACUGGAACGAAGAAACCACAUUUAUAGAUUUACUGAAACAGAGUCUUUAUCCAAAUCUGCUGAAGAAAUACGUAGGACAUACGAAAAGCAAAACGAAAGCCUUUCAGAAAUGACAAGAAGUAUGCUGGGGACAAAGGAAUACAUUGCUUCAUUAACACAGGAUAGAGAAGAAAAAAAGCUGAUUCGACAGCAUAUGAUCCAAAAGCAACAAGACAUUCACAAGUUAAAAGAAUUCAGAAAAGCUAAAUACGAAAAAAUUCAACAGCUUUUCAGUGAGUGUGAUAGAAUUGUAAGGAAUUACACAAAACAAAAGGAAUACAUUAAGAGAUUUAUAACAGAGAAAAUACCUCCUCUUGCAGAGCCGUUUGCUUCCAUUAUGGAAACACUGGGAAAUAUCAUGGAGAACGAAUGCAAUUUGGCAUGUAAAAUACCUCUCGAUUAUCUAAUACAUACGGAGUGUGGAGAGAAGAGAGUGUUACGAAAAGAUCUCUCGAUAUUUGUGCAGGAUGAGCUUGGAACCGCACUCAAAGAGCUUACGAAGAGUUUGCACUUCAGUGAAUAUAAGGCCAUUGAAUACCUACUGCCCCAUGUCAUGAACAUGAAAAAAGAAUUGACCUCGCUAGAGAAUGAAAAGGCAAACAUGACCGAGCUUAUCACACACAUGCAGGCGUUCGAACAACAACUCGGUGAGGAUGUUGUACAACAAAUCAUUGAAGACAACACUGAAUUAGAGCAAACCCAAAAAGAGCAUUGGCUUCCACUGAUUGAAAGAACAAGACAAGAAUGCGAAGAGUUCAAGAGUGAAGCUGAGAAUGUACAUACUUUAUCUGAAGUGUGGCUAAACAAUCCAGUUGUCAAGGAAAUUGAUUGGAAAGAGAUCAUUUCCAUGAAUAGUAAAAAAUAG